GAACACAACUAGCAGUGUGGGCCAGGGUCGGGAAUCAGUGUAGUGCGGUCCUUCAACAGGUGUGGAUACCAGCUGGCCUCCACAAUGCGCUUCUUGAUCGUGUGUCUGGCAGCGACGUCAGCUUUGGCGACGUCUGCUACAGUGCCCAGCGCGAUGCCUUCUUGGUGGUGGUCAACCGUCACUGGCAGGAGACCCUGGAUUCCCAGCCGUGGCAUGUUGCUGGCAUGACCUUCCGCGAGAGUCUGUGGGGCCGUUUCUACAGCUGUGACAGAGACAGGGAUAACUAUCUGGGUACGGAUGAGCUGCUGAACUGCACAUCAUCUGCACCAUUUAGGGCUCGACCUGAACAAGAUCAAGAACUCACCAGAGCGUUGUGUGUAGAUGCCCUCAUCGAUGCAGCCGAUGUUAACCGCGACUGGCGUCUGGAUUUCGAGGAAUUCACUACCAUGCUUUCUCCAGGCUAUCGUCCUCCUCAAAAGCAAUGUUCACUGGAAGGCAGUAAAUAUUACGAUGGAGAAGAUGUACAUGUUGAUGGCAACCACUGUGUAUGUGCUGUAGGCAGCUGGGUUUGCACGUCGACUCAGAGCUCAAAAGCCUCAGAGAAGGAAUUCGGUGUCCAGGAAUUCGAUAACUAUGACGACGAUGAAUACGACUACGACGAUGAUGACUUAAACGACGACGACGAUGUUGAUCCUCUCGAUGACGACUAUAACGACCUGUUCGACGACGAGGAUGACGAAGACGAUGAUUAUCUCAUCAAUGAUAAGGAAGAGGAGGAGUACAUCGAUCAGCUGUUCGAAGAGAUGCUUGAGAAGUUGAGGAAACACAGGAAGGAGAGUCAUCACCACAAUCGCUUGUAAAAAAAAAAGGAAGAAAACCCCUUUUUUUUCCUUUUCUUUUUAUAGAUUUUUUUUUUUUUUUUUUACAUUUUUUGGUAAGCUCGUGUCAUGGAAUUGUAUCUUUAUGAAUAUACAGUACAUGUAGUAUAAUCGUUCAUUUGGAUAGAACUCCUGUGGUAUUACAAGAAAGCUUAGGAGAUCUUUUAAAAUAGAGAUUUGUCUUGUAUUUUACUUAAGUGAUUUUAUUAGUAAAUCUUGAAUGAUAGUUUAUUAUGAAUUUAUUUACUGUUAAGUGAGAAUAUGCAUUUAGAAUUGAAAUUAGUGAUCUAUUGUUUGUGAAAUUCGUUUAACUAAACUACAAACUUACUGUUGUAUGUGCAUAUAAUUCUACAUAAUAUCAAAUGAGCUUCCACUUAAUAAUACAACCAUUCCAUUACAUCUAACACUGAAAAAAAACUUUGAUAAUAUACACUAAAACUAUUUAAAUCCAGUCUGCUGUGCCAAAUGAUCUGUUCUAAAUGGAAGUGAAAAAAAAUGUUCCUACUAUAUGCAUUGGUACACUAAUGAUUUUAGAAAGACUAAAUUUAAUAUUGUGUACUUUACUUUCUAAUUGCUUAUGAUUAUUAUAUACUUUAUUUAUCGUAAAAUUUCAAAAGACUAAAAAAAAGUUUAUAUUUUAUAUGAAUAAAUUCUUAUCACAUAGAUAUUAUCUGUCUUACAAUUGACUCCCAUAUUUUUCAACACAAUUACUUUUCGUAUUAACUAGUGUUUUCAGAAAGUGAUUAUAUUAUUUUUUUUGCAGGCGAUUUAUAUUUUAAAUCGACAAUAAAUUUCUUUUCCGGUGAAAAUAUAAAUAAACACAAAGAAAGGACUGAUAUGUUUUAUAAGCAGUAGAGUAUGUUUGUAUAAACAGGCAGUUAUUUACCUAAAUUAAAACACCAAUGUUGAAAAAAUUUAAUAGUUCAACGAUGAUCCUUAUAACUGAUGACCUGCUUUUUCCAAUAAAGAAUUAUAACAAAC